CCAUCCCUCAGUGCGCGGACGCGCAGCGGCUUCAGUCCGCCAGAGCAGCCAGUGGAGCGGACGCUCGGGGGGAAAGUGCGUUAUGAACGCGGAGACGGGCACCAAGGCGCUGUGGUGUCUGCAGGUCUGAGUCCGGGGAGACGCGCAGCCUGAGCCGCGGAGCGUGAACCCGCAGAGGGACCGACACAGCCGCUCCGGCUGCGGGAUAUCUGCGCUGCGAUGGUGACUUCACGUCUGUGACGGACUUCCUCCAAUCCGAGAAACCUUGAAACGGCGAGCUUUCCUCCGACAUCUGCUGCAAACAUGGACUCCUCUGGAGAUGUGACCCCUGGCCAGGACGGGCUGGUGAACCCGAGGAGCAGCCCCGGUCGCUCCGACCUCAGCGGCCUCUACCACAUGGGGCGGACUCUGGGCCGGGGCCACUUUGCUGUCGUGAAGCUGGCUCGCCACGUCAACACUGGGCAGCUGGUGGCCGUGAAGAUGAUUGACAAGACCAAACUGGAUAAAAUGGCAACGAGCCAUCUCUUGCAGGAAGUCAGGUGCAUGCGGCUUGUGCAGCAUCCCAACGUGGUCCGGCUCUACGAGGUCAUCGACACCCCCACCACGCUGUACCUGGUCAUGGAGCUGGCCGAGGGGGGCGACCUCUACGACUACAUCCUCCGCCACGAGGGCGGCGUGGCCGAGAGCACGGCCAAGCGCCACUUCGCACAGAUCGUGCGAGCCGUGUCCUACUGCCACCAGCUGCACGUGGUGCACCGAGACCUGAAGCCCGAGAACGUGGUCUUCUUCCCCCAGCAGGGCACCGUCAAGCUGACAGACUUUGGGUUCAGCAACUUGUUUCAACCUGGGAUGAUGCUGGCCACCAGCUGCGGGUCGCUGGCAUACUCUGCUCCGGAGAUCCUGCUGGGAGAGGAGUAUGAUGCUCCGGCUGUGGAUAUCUGGUCCCUGGGGGUGAUCCUGUACAUGCUGGUGUGUGGAGUGCCUCCUUUCCAGGAAACCAACGACAGCGAAACCUUGGUCAUGAUUCUGGACUGUCGGUACUCCGUCCCUGAACACGUCUCUGACGACUGCAAAGAUCUGAUUUCCAGGAUGCUGCAGAAGGAUCCGUCUUGCCGCGCCUCGCUCGAUGAGAUUGAGGCUCACCUCUGGCUGCAGGGCCUGGAUAACGCUCUCCUCAGCCCGGAGGCCCCUCCACACUGGCUCUCGGGGGCCCUGUCCCCCAGCUCUCCCCGCCUAGGGGUGCCUGAGUGUGGAGAUCUCCUCGCUCCGAGGUCCUCCACCACGCUGGCUUUCCCUGGGCCGUGGCAGCCGAGUCUCACCAUCAGCCUCCGUCCACCCCCAGCGGAGGAGCCUCCGGCCAGCAGAAACCUUCCUGCACUACAGCAAAUCUGCGAGGAGGGGGAGGAGGAAGAAGAAGAGGAGGAGGAGGAAGAAGAGGAGGAGCAGGAGGAGGAGGGAGAGAAGGAGGCAAAGGAAGAGGAGGGAAGUUUUGUAAAAGAGGAAGAAAGUUUAGGAGGAGAAUCUGAGGAGGAGGGGGAAGGAGCAGACAAUCAAGAGUGCAGGCAAGGUGUGGUAAACUCACUGGAGACCAUGGAUGAGGAGGAGGAGGAGAAGGAGGAUGAUGAAGAAGACCAAGGAGAGACGGAGACGGAGGUGGAGAAGGUGAAUGGAGACAGUGGGUGUGUGAUUUCAGAUCAACCAAUCAGUCACGCCGACGAACCGCUCAGUGAGGCUCCUGAAGUUCCCGCCUCCUUCUCACCGACUUUUGGGGUGUCCUGUUGUCAAGGGCAACCGGACAUGACAACCGGGGAAGAAGGACAGGUUGAUGAGAUGGAACCCAACAACAACACCAACAAACCCCUUCCUCUUCUCUCUGAGUCUGAAUCGUGCCACUCCUGUGCCCCGGAGCCGCCUGCCGGCUCGGAGGGCCAGGAGCCGGAAACGACCGGGAACAAGGGGGAACUGGACGAGAAAACGGGAGACUGCGCACAAGACGACCUCGCAACGGAGCGGUCCGAACCCCAGAACGCUCCGGGAAGCAGGGACGAGUCGGCGCCCCGAGCAGAGCAGGGGAAACGCCACAGCAUCAAGCUGCGGGAGAGACUCUUCCAGUUCCCUCUGUGUGAGAAAGCUCUGGCCUUCAACCUCCCAGCACACAACAAGCCCAAGAUCCUGCCACUGGCGCAGUACAACUGUUGCCAUGUGCUGUGAGGGACGGGGGCCUCGGUGCUGUCCUAAGCUCUCCCGGGACUCAGAGCCUGCUUAGCAGUCAGCAGGCGGUCGGGUGCCCAACACAAACCAUGUGAAGUUGCAAACAGCUGAGCUCCCUGCCGAGCCCAACGCUGAGGAACAGCCCUCAGCAUAUAAGCACGAGGGGGACGUGUACAGCUUUAUAAACACUCGGUUCUGAAGCUGUGCUCAUGAAAUAAACAUUGUUUCAGAGAGGGCUGGCGUGCAACGCAACCGUCGGACUCACCAGACACUCAACCAUUUGCUGCUGUGUACAGGAGCGACCUUAGCAUCACAAUGAAGAGACUGUUUCUCAUCCGUAGCCUAGAAACAAAACUGGACCUACCUGUAUAGUAAUGAGGGAAAGGACGAAGAGAAAGCAACAGAGAUAUAAAUAUAUAUAUAAAUAUAUAUAUAUAUGACUGCAAGAUUCUUUUUUAUUGAAUAAGCUAAAGUCCAUUUUGUUUGUUUUGAUGGUGCCUGUAAAGAGAACAUGGAUUCAUACUGCACACGGAGUCAGUAGAGUCCAGCACUGAGUAGAGCCAAUGCAUUAACUAACUUUUAUGAAAUAGAAGAAAUUAUAAACUACAGCUGCAACUAACAGUUGAUUUCAUUUUCUUUCAAGCUUAUAACAUUUCCUCGAAUUCGUUUAGUCUAUGAAGAGUCAGGCAAAUUCCCUAAGUAUUCAAUUUUCUACGAAUAGAUUGGCAAAAAUUUGGUGAUUAUUUUCAACUUUGGCCAUCUGUCUUGUUUUUUUUUAAAUGUAAUAUUACAGGGCUGUUAAAGCUAGAGUAAAGGUGCUUGUAUUUUCUACUGGUGGAUUUAGAUCAUUUACAACCACAGCUCUGCUGUUAGGGUUCAUCUACUUAAAGCACAGAGGAACUUAGGCUGUUUUAGGCGCAUUGGGUGGAGGUUAAGUCACUUACAGCUGUACCGUUUCUGUUUCUGUUUUACAACAGUGUCCAGAUUUACCUCUGUUUGGUCUCUUCCUCUUUCACGCUCUCAUUUGCUCCUCCAUUACUGCUUAAGGAUCUUAUUUGCCUCAGCCGUAGCUCUGUGAGCCAGUUUCAUCACUUUUGGUGCUUUGACAUAGUGCAGAUCUUGAUACACAGCUGUCUGGGACGGGAAGUUGAACUCCCUGUGGGUUUUGUAGAAAGCAGGGAUGGCUGAUUGCUUCACCGUCAUCAAACCAAGCAAACAUUCCUUCAGAUGAUUUCCAAAUCAAUAUUUCAAACCGAACAAAAGUCCCUUCUUUAAGAUUAAUGAGUAGUCCAGUGAAGCUUUCCAAAGUCCCAGUCGACAUUGAAUCACCGCAGUUUGGUAAAACGCAGAUGUGGGACACUUUUUUCAUCUUCUGUAAAGCCAGGUUUUGUAUUCCGACUCUUUUGACUCCACCUUUUCUGGCGCAGAUGCCUCCAGUUGUUUUCCUGAAACAAAUCACUUCCAUCAAGAUUUCAGAGCUAAAUGUUUUCCUCAGACGUCACUAAAUAUUCCUUCUGUAUUAUCUUCAGACAUAACAAUCUAAGCCUCCCAGUUGCAAAUACAAGCCCUCAUUGAUUUGAUCCUCUUAUGGAUUUAUGAUUCUAUCAAUGUCUUAAAUACAAGCGCCUGAAAACAGGGUUGAAAACGGACAGAAAUUCACCACAUUUUGCAAUAUAGGACUAUGAUAGUAAUAAAUAAGUGAAAUAGUUGCUGGUUCGGGGGGUAGAUGGAUUGAUUUGUCGACUGCACAGUGCAGCUGUGACCAGCUGCUGCGACGAGUAGCACUCUUUCUUUUUCUUUUUUUCCUCUCCUUUGCACAACUUGCUUAUCACACUGGUUUGAAAGCUUUUCACAUCAGCUCUUAUAAAGAAAGACUGUUAUGACACGAUAAGCUCUGAUAUGACACUGUAUAUUACACACCCGAGACUAAGAACACACGUUGUAUUCUGCUCUUUGUAAUGGCUUGUUUAAUGUGCAUAUGUUUAUGUGGUCAUUAAUUGGGAUGCAGGUCGCCCAUUGCUCUUUUUGAUUAUAUCAAACAUUUGAUAUUUGAUCAUAGUAUUUUUAUGUUUAAUGUGAGGAUGUAAAGUUCCUUGACUAUUUUUUUCCUUUUUUUUUAUAUAACAUGACAAAGAUUCUCUGAGGAGAUGAGCAACUUUGCAUGUUGUUACUGUUAUUUAAUAUACCUCCACGUGUCUUGGACCUGACAGGACAUUCAUUGUUCUUGUGUAACUGUAAGUACCCUGAGGUAUCUAUCCACUGAGUGAUGAAUUGCACACAGUAAAGCUACUGUAGCUGGUUGUGUUCUGCAAACAGCACCCAAGGACUCAUGGGUAGAGUCAGAGCAACACACAAUGACCUGUUAUUGUGUGGCGGUGCAGUCCUGUGUAGUAUUAUUUGACCAUAUAGUGGAUCUGUGUUCUACUUUUUUCCUCCUCUGAAGUGGAGACCCGGUUUAGCAGAGCGACAGAAGGACCACGCUGUACGAUAAGUGAAAUCUCUUGUAGUUCAGUAGACAGAGCUUCAGUGGCUGACCUGUGAUUGUUUGUUCCUAGCCUACAUAAGGAGCGGUUGUCACGUGAAAUCUGAUUAUGACUCAUCAGCCGUUCAGGCUUAAAAUCUGUGCAAGAGAGGGAUAAAACGAUGUAUUCCUGUGUGUUUGCGGCUCAUUUCUCCUCAGUGUCUGCUGACCUGCAUUUUAACUAGGACCACGUCUCUACGGAGCCAUGAACCUAUUUUUCUGUAUUUAUUUAUUAAAAUGUAUUAAAUCAA